UUUUAGGGCGGUGUUAGAGGAAAGACGACUCGGAAGCGACUCUCGCGUUUUAUGGGCCUCCACGGCCGCCGUUCUGUGCGAAUCUGAGCAAGGCGGGGCAGCAGGGUACGGGGCACCUGGAGUCAGCUAUUAUUACUUACAGAUCUGCCUUUAAAAAAAUGUCAGUUUCAAAUACCAAACCACUUGUGUGAUCCUAGAUCUGUUCUCCUGACUCCAGAAAAACCUUCUGUGGCUCCUUACUGCAAGCUGAAUUGUUUUAAUUCCUGACCCCAGGCAAGUCAUUUCAUUUCUCUACUCCUCAGUUUCCUCAUCUUAAAAAAAAAAAAAAAAAUAGAGGGGCCGGAUUAGAUGCCCUUGAGGUCCCUCCCAUCUCUAAAUCCUAGGUCUUUGUAGGCACCAGCUCCUCUUCACCCUCCCCCGCGUUCUACCGCAGACUCGGGCAAAGGCCGGCAUAGAGAGGGGUCCAGAGGGCGCGAGAGCAGGCGGAAAAGGCGGAGCGGAGCCCGGGCGAGCACGAACCUUGGCUGGGGGCUGCGGGACCCAGCUACAGCCAUGGCUCCUCUGCGCUUCGCAGCCAACCUGUCGUGGCUGUUCUCGGAGCAGGGCCCGGCACUGAGCGCUCGCCUCGAGGCCGCAGCCCGGGCUGGUUUCAAGGUGGCCGAGGUGGCCUGGCCGUACGCGGAGCCCGCGGCGCAGCUGGCGGCAGCGGCAAGGGCAGCCGGGCUACGGCUGGUGUUGCUUAACACGCCGCCGGGGGCCACGGACCUCGGCGAGCUGGGGCUGGGCGCCGUACCUGGGAGCCAGGACGCCUUCCGCGAGGGGCUGGAGCUGGCGGUCGCGUACGCGCGGGAGCUCGGCUGCCCCCAGGUGCACCUGAUGGCCGGCCGCGUCCCGCAGGGCGCUGAGCGCGCCGCAGUGGCCCGGGACAUGGAGGCCGUGUUCGUGGAGAACCUGCGGCACGCCGCCGACCUGCUGGCCCGCGAGAACCUCGUGGGGCUUGUGGAGCCCAUCAACAGCCGGCUUACGGACCCGCGCUACUUCCUGGACACGCCGGAACAGGCAGCGGCCAUCCUGCGCCGGGUGGACCGGCCCAACCUGCGGCUGCAGCUGGACAUGUUCCACUGGCAGAUCAUGGGUGGGAACCUGACUGCCAACAUCCGUGCCUUCCUGCCCCUGAUCGGGCACGUGCAGGUGGCCCAAGUGCCUGACCGCGGCGAGCCCGACAGCCCCGGAGAGCUCAAUUUCCCCUACUUGUUCCAGCUGUUGGAGGAGCUGGGCUACACAGGCUACGUGGGCUGCGAGUACCGGCCCCGCGGGGACACCACAGAAGGUCUCGGCUGGUUGCGGGCCUACUGGGAGAGCCGGGGCGGGCAAUGCUGAGAGCCUUGCAGAUGACCCAGCUUAUCAAAUGACCCUUCCAUCCCCUACCACCCUACCCCUAAGAAAGACACCACCCCACAAAACACAUGUAUGUGUUAUCUCUUCUGAUAGAAUGUAAACUCCUCGAGGACUGUUAAUCCCCACUGUCCAGCACUCGUGUGGCUUAAUAAAUGCUUACUGUUUGACUGGUUUGAA